AUGUCAAUUCAAACCAGAGGAUUAAAAGAAGAACUAGUACCAUUGCACGAGAUAAGACGUCCCAUCCCACCAGUGCUAGAUCAUCAAAAGAUAGACGCAAUGGUAUCUACAUUGAAAGGAGUGCCGAUGGAAUCAGCGACAUGUAAAGUUGAAGAUAUUACAGGUGGCGAAUUGCCUCCAAUUGAUGUGUUUAAGGUUAGAGAGGAAGGAAAGAAUUAUUAUUUUGCAUUUGGCGGAUGCCAUCGUUUCCAAGCCUAUGAUAGGCUAAGCCAGGAAAGUGGCAAGGAAGUAUUGGUCAAAUCUAGGAUAUUGCCUGCAACAAGAAAAACACUAAAAGUCUAUCUUGGAGCUUCAGUUGAUGAAAUGUUUAAAGACAUUGAUGAGUCAAAGUAG